AUGAUACGUUCUGCACAGAAGCUUGGUCCUUCAAUCACACAUCGAGCAGCACCGCGAGCGCCACUUGUCUUGCAGAGCUUUCGCCCACUUCCUUAUCUUUCCAUUAUGCCUCCAAAACGCAAGAGAUCCACAGCGGCAGCUGCGUCGCCUGCGGCCGUUGCGGCUUCUCUUGACCGAUCGAAGAUGCGCCGCUCUGAAGUGCCCUUUCCAUCGAAUGCCGCAGAAAAGGACGCAAAGCUGCCACGCCGACAAUCUUCUCGUGGGGGUAAUGCUGCAGUCACAAAUCCAGAUGUGAAUCCUGAGGUUCUUGACGCGCCCAAUGCUCUGCGGGCAUCGCCUGAUGGGCAAGAGUGCGCCGAAGCAGAGGCACACCUGCACCAGCACGACAUCGACGCCGGUACUGCAGUCAACGGCGUCAAUGCGGCCUCAGCUAAGCCCUCAACCUCGCAGGCUGCAACCACGGAGUUCAAGGCAGUUCCAUCAACAGGUGCCGAACGCAUUGACGAAGCUGGCGCCCCGUCUGCAGCGCCAGCAGCCGGCAGGGCCAAGAGAAAGAAGGCCGGGACGCAGCAUGUGAAGACAGAAGGUGGAGAGAGCAAUAUCGCGGCGACAAAUGGCGUUGUGGGGGAUGUCACUGCCCCAGCAGAGGAUGCGGGUGUUACUGGCGAUCCCGAAGCCGACGAAGUGGACGGCGAGGAGGGCGACGAAGUGGAGCUCAAGAAAGCUCUAGCACGGCCGCCUCCUGUAAACUCUGAAUACCUUCCUCUUCCGUGGAAGGGGCGGUUGGGAUAUGCUUGUCUCAACACCUACCUUCGAAACGCAAAUCCUCCCGUCUUCUGCUCCAGAACGUGCCGAAUAGCGAGCAUCAUCGAACAUCGGCACCCUCUGAAGGACCCUUCUCAGCCCGAGCAUGCCACCAAGAACCGCCCUGAUAAGGAUCAGCCGGCUGACCAUACACGGGGACAGAAGUUUGUUGAGGAGUUGGGCCUGGCCAAUGUAAGAGACAUUGGCAAGAUGAUCCGAUGGAACGAAAAGUACGGCAUUAAGUUUAUGCGUUUGAGCAGCGAGAUUUUCCCGUUUGCAAGUCACGAGGAGUAUGGCUACAAACUCGAGCCUUUUGCUGCAGAAGCUCUGGCUGAAGCUGGCAAAGUCAUCGCUGAGCUGGGCCACAGAGUCACUACACAUCCUGGCCAGUUCACACAGCUGGGAUCACCACGCCAGUCUGUUAUCGAGAACGCCGUUCGCGAUCUUGAGUAUCACGCUGAGAUGUUGUCUUUGCUAAAGCUGCCUCCACAACAAGAUCGCGAUGCCGUCAUGAUCAUGCAUCUGGGUGGUGCUUUUGGUGACAAGCCAGCUGCCCUUGAGAGGUUCCGCGAAAAUUACGCAAGGCUCUCAGAGGGUGUCAAAAAGCGACUUGUACUUGAGAAUGACGACGUUGUGUGGAACGCCCAUGAGUUGUUGCCCAUGUGCCAGGAACUCAACAUACCUUUCGUUCUUGACUUCCAUCACCACAACAUCCUGUUCGAUGACACCAAGCUACGAGAAGGCACGAAAGAUGUGAUGGACAUGUUUCCUGCCAUCCUCGAAACAUGGUCAAAGAAAGAUAUCACACCAAAGAUGCAUUACUCUGAGUCGUGUCCCGGUGCCAUCACCGGACGCGAUCGCAGGAAGCACUCGCCACGCGUAAUGACUCUUCCUCCAUGUCCAGACACAAUGGACUUGAUGAUUGAAGCAAAGGAUAAGGAACAAGCUGUCUUCGAACUCAUGCGGACAUUCAAGCUUCCAGGCUUUGAGCGUAUCGGCGACAUUCUGCCAUAUCAACGACCGGACGAAAACAAGCCAUGGAAGCCUACGCCAAAGAAGAAGGCCAAGAAGAGCAAGAAGAAAACUGGUGAUCUCGAUGACAUUGACAUGAAGCUCGAGGAGGCAGAAGAGGAGGAGGACGCUCCUCCACCCAUCGUCCCUGACGAGGAGGUGGAUAUGGGCGGGCCUGAGGGACGAGUGUAUUGGCCGCCUACGAUGGAGGAGUGGCUUCGGCCACCGAAGCGCAUAAUCAAGAAGAAAGAGGAGGGCGCCGCGACUCGCGGUAAAAAGAAGUCAAAGGCUGCUGCAGCCACCGACAAUGCCUCCGUCACUAGUGAAGCCGCAGGGCUUGAGGAUAUCAAAACCCCCGCUAAGAAGGCAGCGCCCAAACGGGCUGCUAGCUCGACGAAGAAAAAGGCGCCGAAGUCCGUCCCUACACCCUCCCCAUCGAAUGACGAAGAUGGUCUCAGCUCGCCACCGCUCAGCGACUUGGGCGAGGAGGACGAGGCUCCUGCCGUGCAGAAGCGAGCAGCACGACCCGCGCCUAUACGGAAGAAGUCAGGUAGGGUUACCGCUACCAAGGUAAGCUACCGGGAAGAAGAAGCCGAGGAGAUGAGCAUGUAG